AUGUCGAAUAUGACAACUUCUGAAAACACAACCGUACAAGUUGCCCUACGAAUAAGACCAUUAACCGCUGAAGAUUUGGUAAAUUUACCAUCACGAUUCCAAAGAAAUGUUCUAUCAACUACUUUAUUCGCUCCAAAUCAAGUUACUGUUCAAACUGAAAAGAAACAAACUUUCACUUUUGAUCAUGUCUUUGGUCCAGAUUCAACUCAAAAAGACAUUUAUGAUCGUUGUAUUAAAAGUAUGGUAGAUAAAUUCUUAGAAGGAUUUAAUGUUACUAUAUUGGCUUACGGUCAAACAUCAUCGGGUAAAACUCAUACCAUGGGUACAGCGGAUAGUUUAUCUUCACCUCAAGAGACAAGAGGUAUAAUCCCACGAGCAAUGGCAACUCUCUUUUCUUACAUAAAUUCUGCUCAAUAUAAAAAUCGAAAAUUCACCAUGAAA